AUGUCUCUGAGCGCCGUUCUGGACGGCGACGGAGACCUGCUCUCCCUGGAGCCCCCCUGCUGGGUCCCCGACUCGCACGCGACAACUUGCACGCGGUGCAAGGCCGGCUUCAGGCCUCUGGCGCGCACCCGCCACCACUGCCGGCUGUGCGGGAGCAUAUUCUGCGGCGCAUGCAGCGCGGGCAAGCUGCUGCUGCCGCCCAAAUUCCGGGAGGCAUCGCCCCAGCGCGUCUGCGUCAACUGCGCUGCGCUGCUCACCCCCCUGCAGCCCUUCCUCGCAGGCACGGUGAGUCACGCGGUGCAGCCGGCAGUGCAUGAUGUCACGGAUGCGAGCGCGCUGAGGUCAUGGUUCAACCCCCCAAUGGCCGCCAGCCUGGCAGCUGAGCUGUACAAGGCGACAAACAUCGUGCGCAGCUUUGCGGCGGUCGGCAGCCGCUCGCCGGACAAGGCAAUUCCGGCCGCCAUCCUUGAUGGCGCUGCAGGCUUCGCCAUCCUCUCCGUUGCCAAGGGCGGCUGCGGCUGGAGCGUGGCAGCCGGGACGGGGCUGGUGGUGGCGCGCAAGGCCGGGGGGUCCUGGACACCCCCCUCGGCCCUCGGCUUCUACAGCUGCGGCUGGGGGUUCCAGUUCGGCGGCGUUGUCUCUGACCUCCUCAUCGUCCUGCGCAACCAGCCGGCGGUGGCUGCAUUCUGCGGCACGCUGCACUGCGGGCUGGCGGGUGGGGUCAAUCUGGCGGUAGGUCCACUGGGCCGCCAGGCCGAGGUCACCAUGCAGGUGGGCCUGGCCGGCGCGGCGAUGUGCUACAGCUACUCAUGCAGCCGCGGAGCAUUCGCCGGCGUCAGCAUCGAGGGCUCGCUUCUGACAACGCGCUCUGAUGUCAACCUCAACUUCUACGGCCGGCCGCUGACCGCAAAGCAGCUGCUCAUGGGCGACAACGUGAGUGCGCCAGUGGCGGCCGAUGCGCUCUACACUGCACUUGACGACCUCAUGGCGCGCGCCGGAGCGCUGUCCGCAGAGAGAAGGUGA